AUGUCACUGGAUGAUGAAUUGUCACCUGAAGAAUUAUCUUUUGUUGGCUUCAAUCAGGAUGCUACGUCGAUUGCUUUGGGUGCAGCAUCCAGUUAUGCGUUAUAUUCAGUCAAAAAAACUGAUAAGCUUGACUUAAUUCACGAAAGUUAUAGACAGUUUUCAGAUGACAAGAAGAAGAAUAUAGAAGUUUCCGAAAUUAUGCUCAUUGAGCGUCUCUUCUCAUCCAGUCUUUUAAUGCUGGUAUCGACGCAAGCACCACGUAAACUUCGGAUUUAUCAUUUCCAGAAAAACAAUGAGAUUUGUGCUCAAAGCUAUACAAAUACAGUACUAGCAGUGAGAUUAAAUCGUGACUAUAUGGUAGUUUGCCUAGAAGACAUAGUAUAUAUUCAUACAGUUAAAGAUAUGAAGACAUUUCUGAUCGGAAGUGAACCACAGGAAAACUCUAAAAUUAAUGUACCACUUAAUGUGGAAGCAAUCAUUGUUGAUAUUUUUCCGGUUAUUCAUACAAUCCGUGAUACGCCUUCAAAUACUAAUGGUAUCAUCGACUUGUCAUCAACCGUCAAUUCGUUUUUAGCUUAUCCAGGCUCAAUUAACAAUGGCCAUGUUCAAUUAUUUGACGUGUCAUGUUUGAAUUCGAUGAAUACAAUUUCGGCGCAUACAAGCCCAUUGGCAGCGUUACGUUUUAGUUACGAUGGUAAAAAAUUAGCUACUGCUUCAACCCGUGGUACUGUAAUUCGUGUAUUCGAUACUGAAUCUGGCGAUCGACUGUAUGAGUUUACACGCGGUGUUAAAAGGUUUGUUACCAUUUAUUCAUUGGCAUUUAGUCUCGAUGGUAACUAUUUAUGUUCUUCAAGUAAUACCGAAACGGUUCAUGUGUUCAAAUUGGAACGAACAGCUGAUCCAGUAAAUGAAAAUGAGGACACUGAAGAACAAGGAUGGGUAGAUUAUUUGUCAAAACAAGCGAGUAGUUAUUUACCAGCACAAAUGAAUGAUCUUUGGUUGAGAGCAAAAAGUUUUGCUACCGCAAGAUUGCCUUCAGUUGGAAAGCGGAAUGCGGUUGCGCUAUCAAUAAUUAAUGACAAACUAAAUUUGCUGGUUGUAACUACUGAUGGCUUUGUAUACAUAUAUCCCGUAGAGGCAGAAGGAGGUGAAUUGACGCUAUUACGACAACAUAAAGUUAACAUAAAGUAUUCUCCAGUAGUCCAUGCAAAUGAUCCACCCAACAAUGAAAAUAAUGAAGAAAAUGAUGGAACGGAAGAUGACGAAGGACAAACUAUGGAUAGGCAAAUAGCAGAUAACUUUCCACCUUUGAAUCAUUCUACUGCAUAG